CCUUGGCAGCUGUCACGAUCUAGAACGGACCCCAUCUAAGUAUAUAUGAGCGCAUGGAUAACUUGAUUAUUCAUUAAUGGGCCUCCUCUCCUCACAUUCUAGUUAAUAUCUAUUACUAUCGAUACAGCAACUAUGAAGUUCACAGUUUAUACGGCUUUCUGCGCUCUAGUCGCCACCACCGCAGCUCUCCCGCAAGACAUCUCCGGCUCGGGGCAGAUUUACGUCAUUAACAGCACCGACUUUCAGAAUGCCUCGCCCGCCGAUAGCAUCGGGUGUCUAAACGCGCAGGGCGGCUUUUCCGAGUCGGACUGUGCGACCUUUACUAGGCUCGACACUUAUCCCAACACACUCUCUACCAGUUCCGGCAACUGCACGUUCAGUGACUCUACGCAGCCGGCCAACACCGACAGCGUGUACGGCUCGAGGUCAUACUCCUACUUUUGUCGGGAAGAUUACGCAUCUUCAGUUACAGAUUCUCUAUAUACCAUCAAUGGAUUCAACUACGCGUUCCUGUGCCACGGGGAUAGGAACUGCUUCUAUGAUGUUAAGACUAUCCCCAGUGAUAGUACCAUCGCACCUGUCUGGGAGUAUGUAUGGGGAUCUCAGCAGACGGGGAUUCCCGAGGGACAUACCCAAGUGAUGUGGUACUGGAAUAAAAACUCCUAGUCCGGCGUCAGUGCUACGUCGGGCAGAACUGAUGGGUAGCCAAGAUUACGGGGCCUGCAUUAUGCAGCUAUCCGGGAUAUCUAAUGCGGAGUCAAGUUAGGAAUUGAAUUCUUUCUUUCUUUCUUUCUUUCUUGAGGUGGUAUUAAGUUGGUAAAAGCGUGUGUUUAAUGGCCUGGUAUUCCUGUGUAACAGCGAAUUGUUGUUACAAGCUCCUUAGUCGUAUUCUAUCUUGGCGUGAGACUACAUUCACUUUAUAACUCAACACUCCGUACCUUAAGAAAGAGGCUCGAUAAUGAUAGCUAAAGUAUAUUGACUUAGAAGGUACCUAAUUCAAAAUAUCGACCUACAUUCUACCUUAGGUACGUAAUCCAAGCUUGUUGAAAAAGAGGGACCAGAAGAGGGGGUUGUAAGACAAUAAAAGCAGUAAUAUAACAACCAGGUUUAGAGGUAGUUAAAGGUUUAAGAAAGCAUUAACCUAACCUAGUUAU